CGUGGUCGGAGGCGCGAGACAUAUAGACUCGGGCGCGCGCGCGCACACACAUUAUUUUCAACAGCUCGAGCUUCUUCAUGGCGGUCUCAGCCAGAGCUUUCAUCCUCUCUCGCAUCAAUGACCUUUCACCCAACCCUUUUCACCCCACCAAGCCGGCCCCUUCUCUUCUUCAUUCCUUUUCCGUCUCUCUCAGGCGCCGUCGUUUAGCUUAUUCUGCAUCUGUAGUUCGCUGCUUAAUCUCCGGCGUUGAUGGCGGAGGCGUGUCCGACGACUUUGUUUCGACUCAGAAAUCUUUUGAUCGUGGGUUCACUGUCAUAGAGAACAUGCUCAUGCGAAUUGAGCCUCUCGACGCAUCCGUUAUCUCCAAAGGUGUUUCCAAUUCCGCCAGGGAUUCCAUGAAACAAACCAUUUCUACGAUGUUAGGUUUGCUACCGUCCGAUCAAUUUUCCGUUAGCAUUACGGUUUCAAAGCGUCCUCUUGACCGCCUUCUUGUCUCAUCCAUCAUCACCGGGUAUACUCUGUGGAAUGCUGAGUAUAGGAUGUCGUUAAUGAGAAAUUUCGAUAUAACCUCUCAUGAUAGAAAGGAGUCCAAUUGUCCAACGGAGACGGACGUCUCGGGGCAGCAAGGUGGUGAAGAUAGGGAAACUGAAUUUGGUUCUGAUUUGCCGUGCAAAGACCCCGAGUGCUGUAGCCCUCGUUUGUUCGCAGAUUUGUCUCCUGAAUCUCUGACUUACAUUCAGAAGUUGCAGUCCGAGUUAACAUUGGCAGAAAAAGAAUUAAAAUCCCAGAAUCACGAAAUAAUACAAAUAGAACAUGACAGAGGGAACAGGAAUGAUUUAUUGGAGUAUCUACGGUCUCUGGAUCCUGAUAUGGUGACUGAGCUGUCUCGGCCUUCGUCAGUAGAAGUGGAAGACAUAAUUCAGCGACUUGUUCAAAACAUUUUGAGGGGAUUCUUUUCAGAUGAUGCUAACCCAAAUUUUAUGGAACUAUCAGUUGGAAGAAAUUCAGAUAAUCAGCCGGAUGGCUAUGAUGAAGUUUGUGAUACAGUAGACACAUCUCGCGAUUAUCUAGCAAAGUUGCUUUUCUGGUGUAUGUUAUUGGGUCAUCGUUUAAGAGGCUUGGAGAACAGAUUGCAUCUAAGCUGUGCUGUUGGGCUGCUGUAGAGAAGGUAAAAGCAUGUAUAUUCUUUUCCUUCCUCUUCAAAUUUUCUAUUAUAACAUUAAUGUUCUUCAAUGAAAGAAAAAUGGGAAUAAUUGCUCGCCCUUCCUUGGUCUGAUCACUCACAUCCUGAUUUACUAUAAUGGACACCAUUUCGUAAGGGUUUGGUUACCCAUCUUGGCCGAAUGAAGUAGAGCCCCUGCCAUCUGUUUGUGAAAUUUCCCAUGGUGCACCAAAAUAGCAUGCCUUCAUUUGGCCUCCCAAUCCCUAUCUUGUGAAGGCUGUGUGUUUUACAUUCCCAAUACGCGUAUCGUUCAGGCAUAGACCUCCUCCGUCGUUUGGGGGGUGUUAUGGUCAAACUUCUCCUGGAGUGGUAGUCUAUGCUGCCCAAA